AUGCUGCAGUCUUCAUGCUUCUCUUUGUCGUUUUAACUCCUGUUUCUCUUGUGUUGCUGCUGCGAGUGGUAGGUAAGUAGUAAGGUAGUUAAAGCAGACACCUUAAUUGAUUUACUCGUCACCUUGCAUAUUGAACACUUUCCCCCUCUGUUGGAGUUUAGGAGUUAAAAGACUUCUGUGUAAUUAUUUUCUUUUCCUCAAUCUCUGAACAGACAUUUUACUAUGAGCCGGCAAGGACCCCAGCACACAGUUCGGUACCAGCCUGUUCAGUUCACCGAAGAGCUCUGAAUGCCCAGAUUGUGCAUAUACUAACAUACGUUUUCCCUAAAUGCAUAAUUAGGACUCUACAGGGGUUCUGAUGUCAAUAGGAGACUAGACCUGUAGUCUUUUGGUGUGGGUUAUUAGUAGUUUAUUUCUAAGAUUUUUCUAAGCAUAUUAAUGCCGUCCAUUCCUUUUAACUAGAGGAAGAGAUUAUUACGCUAUCCCAUAUCUGUCUUUUGUCUAGAGCAGUGGUUCUCAACCUUCCUGAUGCUGUGACACUUUAUUUUUAAAGAUUUAUUUAUUUAUUUUAUUUGUAUGAUUACACUGUGGCUGUCUUCAGACACACCAGAAGAGGAGAUCAGAUCCUAUUACAAAUAGCUGUGAGCCACCACGUGGUUGCUGGGAAUUGAACUCAGGACCUCUGGAAGAGCAGUCAAUGCUCCUAACUGCUGAACCAUCUCCCCAACAGCUGUGACACUUUUAAUACAGUUCCUUAGUUGUGGUGCCUUCCAACCAAAAAUUAUUUUUGUUGCUACUUCAUAACUGUAAUUUUGCUACUGUAAUGAAUUGUAAUGUAAAUAUCUGAUAAGCAGGAUUUCUGAUAUGUGACUCCUAUGAAAGGAUUGUUCAAUCCCCAAAGGGGUCUCGACUCAUAGGUUGAGAAUCGCUGAUCUAGACAAAGUUAGAAAAGAUUUAAACCAUUAGGUGGAUUUUUGUUUCUGUUCUCUCUUUAGUCUUAAGUACAACAUGUGUUUCUCUUUAAAAGUUUAUUUUUGGUAAUCAGAGUUGAACCUAGGCCCUUAAGUGCCAAGCAAGUGCCCUACUUCUUGUACCGACAGGACCUUGUUGUUCUCCUGUACCACACCGACCUCCUGUUUGCUGGUUUACUUACUUCUCUCUCGUGUGGUCUCACUAAAUUAGCUAGGCUAGCCUUGAAUUUGCAGUAGUCCUCCCUGAGCCUCCUCAGUAGCUUCCGUAGCAGGUGAGUGCCACCAGUCCUAUGCAUUUUCAGUUUACAUGGCUGAGUGCUCUUAAAGUGCCAUAGGAGGCUACAGAGAUGGCUAGACAGUUAAGAGCACUUUCCUGCUCUUGCAGAGAGGAACUGGGUUCAAUUCCCAGCACCCACAGGGUGGCUCACAACCACCUGUAACUAAUUCAGGUGAUCUGACAUCUGCUAGCCCAGGAGGGCAGUUAGACACACAAAUGGAGCACAGACAUCCAUGCAUGCAGAGCACCCGUGUACGUAUAAUAAGUUUUAAAUGCUGACUGGUUUUUUGCUUUUGUUAAUGAGAAGUGAUUUCAUAGUAAAUAAAGGUGUUUUUAAAAAGUCAUUGCAGACUUUUUGAAAAAGGUGUCAUUUUAUCAGUAGGCUAUGCAUCGGCCAUUUAAUAAGACUUAACGUCGCAUCUCUGGUAGAGCAGUUUAAAGCACAUAUAUCUAAUUUAAUUUUGUUGCCAAAGCGAGGUACAAAUCAAAUAUUAAUUACUAAAAGUAGAAAAACGAGCUAGAGAAAUGGCUCAACAGAUUCAAGCCUUAGCUGCUUUUUGCAGAGGACCUCGGUUUGGUUUCUAGGACCCACAUGGUGACUAUAACUAUCUGAUCACCAUGGAUAUCAGGUAGUCACGUGGUGCGCACACACAUGCAUGCAAAACAUUCAUACCCAUAAAAUAAAUAAGCCUAAAUUUUUUAAGUGUUAGGACAUCUUAUUAUAGUAGCCUUCAAAAAUAUCUGAUUAAAUUCAAGAAAGUGGGAAUUUAUAAUUUCAGAUACUUAAAAAUAAGAGUAGACACUAAGUGGGUUUGAAAAGUGAGCCCCCGAUUUAAUAAAACAUCCUAUCCCAUUUGAUUGCCUAUCUUUGUGAGGUUUCUUUCAGCUCUAGUAACCAUACAAAUGAAGUCCUGAAGUAAGCGGGACUUACACUAGCUGCCUUGUCAACCUGUGCGUUCCUCGUUCCUUCAGUAGACCUCCUAUAUAAAUAGCCACAUGUCAUCAUUGUACCGUGAUAUCGCUGUCAUUUCCUUUGUUCUGGUCCCACCACUACCACGCUUGGUCUAUUAAAACAAAUCAUCGGGUUGGGGAUUUAGCUCAGUGGUAGAGCACUUGCCUAGGAAGCACAAGGCCCUGGGUUCGGUCCCCAGCUCCGAAAAAAAGAAAAAGAAAAAAAAAAAGAGAGCCAGAGGACCAGAACAUCUGCUCUGAAAUAGUCUCUUUGAAAACAAAAAGAGAACAUGCCACGGGAGUGGGGUAGGAAGAAAGGGGUGGGUCUGGGAAGAACUGGGAGGAGGAGAAGUGGGAUGGUGAAUGUAAUUGAGAUACCUCCUAUAAAAUUCUCAAAGAAUUAAUAAAAAAAAAACAUUAUUUAAAAAAAAAUCAUCACCAGCAUUUAACACUGGGGCUCCUGGGGAUAGAGUGCUUUCUAUAUAUCAUGGGUGACAUUAGGUCUUCUUGAGGAGAAUAGAAACAAGUUUAAGAGAAAGUUGUGUAUCAAGUAAGUGGCAGAAUUGGGCUUGAGCCGUGGAUGUCACUGUGUGCUCUGUGCUCUUUUUCUGUGCCUCCAACUCUCUUGAACCACACAAAUUCACAUGUGUGUGUAUACCUCAUGUCCCACCACUUAAUUGUUCAUUUUUGUUUUGGAAUUUUUCAGGCCAGAAACAUCUCUUUUUAAAUUGACCAUUAUGAAAAAAAAAAUGUUAUCCUUUUCUGUGUCAUGGAAAGAAACCGUUCACACUGCAACCAUUCUCUGCAGAUUUUAGUUAAUGACACUUCACAUAAGAAAUGUUAAAACAACUGGAGCCAUUAUUCUAAAAUAGCAAUGGUAGAGUUUGGAGGAGAGUGUUCCAUUCUUCCUAAAGCAAAAAAGUGUGCUCUGAAAUACAUUGAAGAACUGUUUCUUCUUAGGAUAGAUGAAUAGUGUUAUUGUACAGUUCUUUCGUUUUUCUCUGUGACUGUAGAGGCUGGUACUGCAAGAGACAGCUCCAUCUGCAGCUGGAAUAUUAUUAACAAGUCUACUGACGUGCUAGUGUUCUGUUAAGCCUUAUGUAGUCAGUAUCUCCAGGAGGUCGGCUACACAGAUACUAUUCUAGAUGUGAAGUCCAAGCGUGUGCGGGCAUUGUUGGGCUUUUCAAGUGAUGUCACUGACAGGGAGGAUGACAAAAACCAGGACUCGGUGAUAAAUGGCACAGAGGCUGAAGUUAAAGAGACAGCAAUGAUUGGAAAAUCUGAGUUAACGGAUUCUGCCUCCGUGCUGGACAAUUUCAAAUUCCUUGAAAAUGCAGCUGCAGAUUUCAGUGAUGAAGACGAGGAUGAGGACAUUGAUGGAAGAGAGAAAAGUGUCAUUGAUACUUCAACCAUUGUUAGGAAAAAACCAUUACCUGAUACCAGUGAAGAUCGAGACACAAAAGAAGCUCUGAAGGAGUUUGACUUCCUUGUCGCCUCAGAGGAAGGAGACAACGAGUCCAGAAGUGCAGGCGACGGAACGGACUGGGAAAAGGAAGAUCAGUGUCUGACGCCGGAGGCCUGGAAUGUGGACCAGGGAGUGAUCACCAGACUGAAGGAGCAGUACAAAAAGGAGAGGAAGGGGAAGAAAGGGGUGAAGAGAAAAACUACCGAAGAUCUGUUUCAGCCUCUAUCCUAUAUAAAACAGUCAAAACAGGGAUGUGGGAGAAUGAAGAAGCAAAGCCCAGGGCCCAAUAGGUCAAAACUACAAGAUAUGCUUGCUAAUUUGAGAGACGUUGAUGAACUUCCCUCCUUGCAGCCAUCUGUUGGCUCCCCUUCCAGACCCAGCAGCUCCAGGCUUCCUGAGCAGGACAUCAGUAGGGCAGAUGAAGUGGAAGCAUUGACGUUCCCGCCUUCUUCAGGGAAGUCAUUUAUCAUGGGAGCAGAUGAAGCCCUUGAAAGCGAGCUGGGGCUUGGAGAAUUAGCAGGCCUUACAGUGGCCAAUGAAGCAGACUCAUUAGCUUAUGAUAUAGCGAAUAACAAAGACGCCUUGAGGAAGACGUGGAACCCUAAGUUUACAUUAAGGAGUCACUUUGAUGGCAUCCGAGCCCUUGCUUUCCACCCCAUCGAGCCUGUGUUAAUAACCGCGUCAGAGGACCACACGCUGAAAAUGUGGAAUCUGCAGAAAACAGCCCCAGCUAAAAAGAGUACUUCUUUAGAUGUGGAGCCUAUCUACACCUUCAGGGCUCACAAAGGUCCGGUGCUGUGUGUGGUCAUGAGUAGCAAUGGUGAGCAGUGCUACAGCGGCGGCACUGAUGGCCUCAUCCAGAGCUGGAGCACCACCAAUCCCAACGUCGACCCCUACGAUUCUUAUGAUCCUUCGGUUCUAAGAGGCCCUCUGUUGGGCCACACGGAUGCGGUGUGGGGGCUGGCCUACAGCGCGGCCCACCAGCGCUUGUUGUCCUGUUCAGCAGACGGCACUCUUCGUCUAUGGACCACCACUGAGGUUGCUCCAGCGCUGACUGUAUUUAAUGAUAACCAAGAACUGGGAAUCCCUGCUUCUGUGGAUCUGGUGAGCAGUGACCCGAGCCAUAUGGUAGCAUCGUUCAGCAAGGGAUAUACAAGCAUCUUCAACAUGGAAACACAGCAGCGAAUUCUCACGUUAGAAUCCAAUGUCGAUUCAACGGCCAGUUCUUCCUGCCAAAUAAACAGAGUCAUCAGUCACCCCACCCUCCCGAUCAGCAUCACUGCUCACGAGGACAGGCACAUCAAGUUCUACGAUAACAACACAGGCAAACUGAUCCACUCGAUGGUGGCCCACCUGGAAGCCGUUACAAGUUUGGCGGUUGAUCCCAACGGCCUGUACCUGAUGUCUGGCAGUCAUGACUGUUCAAUACGCUUGUGGAAUUUAGAAAGUAAGACGUGUAUCCAGGAGUUCACAGCUCAUCGGAAAAAGUUUGAAGAGUCGAUCCAUGAUGUAGCAUUCCACCCUUCUAAAUGCUAUAUAGCCAGCGCUGGAGCCGACGCCCUGGCUAAGGUCUUUGUAUGAUGGGGUACUUCAGCUUCACCCUGCAGCUCUUACAAGUCAACCGCACACAGGAAACGGAAGACCAGGGCGGGAGCCAGCUCGCCCUGCCCUUUUGUUUGGCUGAGGGAGCACAGAGACCUCUGUUAAAGUACAGUUUUGCAGUUCCUAUACAGUUUUCUAAAAUUAAGGUUUGUUCAGGUUGCUGCAAGCUCAGCUGAACCUGUGAGCCCGAAACUUUCAGAUCCCCCCAAAGAGGCACUUUUAUUUCUGAGGUUGUUCUCACUCGCUAGGCGGGCCCGAGCGUUCGUUCUCCCUUUUGAGUAAGCAGGGCAUGCUGUAAUGGAUAAUUAGAGGUGAAUGCCGGGAAUGAGUAGAAUGGAAACUUAACUAUCCUUCCACCCCGAGACAUCUGCUACCACACUAGGUAGUCAGCUCUGCGGCUGUGUGUGCUCUACUAACCCCACUGUGUAGAAGGAGACAGUGUGUGUCAGUGUUCACAUGAGGUCCUCCCGCUGCUGUCCUCUCAGCCGUUCUCAUGAAGCACAGGGAAGAGUGUUCCUUCCACCUGUUAGGAGGAAGAGAUGCAAUAAUAUGUUAAUUAUAUGAUAUUCAGAAAUGCUAAACAAAUACUUAAUUUGCAAGCAAAUUUCUAUAUUGUAUUACAAUUUUGAAAGUAGAUAUGGAACAUUCUAAAGUUUAGCUGUGAGGCACUCGCAGUCAGGAAUGGUGAAUGGAGUCUGCUUUUACUAAAGGUGUUUAACUCAUCCAGGUUUGAGAUCCUGUUUAUUUUUAAGGGCAAACAGGGCAUAUUUCUACAAUUUGUCUAAAACUUCACCUCAUUAAUGUACUAGAGUGAUCAUUUCAAUUGAUAAAUUUACUUCCUAGUGACUCUCUGCCAAAGGAGAAAACUUUAUUAGCAUCCGUUUCCCAGCACCCAUACAACUGGUUCAACCGAUCUUCACUGUUUCUAACCUGCCCCUCACCUUCAUGUUGUCUGAUGCUUACCAUAGACAGUUUAUAAUGACUGUGUCAUGUAGUCCAAAGCACGUGGUCACCUCAGGCAGCUGCUUUUGCAACUGCACUUGGUAAAGCAGUGCACCCCAGCAUGUCCUCAGUAGUGUCUCGAAAAAGAACUCUGUGGAGAUCUAGAUGGAGAUGUUAGUACCUGUGAUGUCUUCAAGGUUCUUUCUCCUCCCCUCUCUGCAUUGUUUAAUUGGAACACACAUUUUAAUGAACAGUUGAUCAAUACUGUAUCCAGAGAAAACCAUGUCCUAAAAUGGUCAGCUUGUGGAAGUCUCAGAAUCCUGCUGACUCAACCAAAGGCAGCCUCAUACCCUUCACACCCUCUCUACCUCUGUCCUAAAUGACAGAGACCACUAUAAAUAAUACAUUCAAAUUAAUCUCCAUCCUUUUUAUCAAAAUGUGUACACCAUGGGCUCUCUGUCUUAAAAAUACUAUACCCAUAAAUAUUAUGAGCCAUUAAAAUAAUUCCAUUGCCAUAGCCAUGGCUUUUCUGGUGAUCUGUUCUUUGAAGUGGAUUCUCAUGGUGAUAUGGUUAAUAAUUGACUUCUUAAAGUUUUCUGCUCAUCUGUCUUUAGAAUUCCCCAGUGCAGGCAGACUUUUACUACUACAUUGUAAGACUCCUGUUGAAGUUCCCUGAUUAUUGUAUAGACAGCUGUAGUAGUUAACACAACUGCUGUUUAUCCUUGUGCUUUGGUUAACAAGCAGACUUAAGAGAUGGAUUGGUAUAUGCAGGUGAAUUGAGUUACACCUAACUACCAGGCAAAUCCUCAUGCAGAUAGAGUUUUACGUUGUGACGGGUAAAUUCUUCCAUUCUUUGUGAAAUGAACAGAAGGAUUUGUUAACAUGUGUAGAAUAUUAGAAGAUUCCAGUCAGAAUUGGCAUAGUUAUGAUGGCUGACCACAGAAACUGCUUCAGUUACUUUCCAGUCUUCGGUGUGUCUUACUCUCGUCCCCAGCGCUCCAGAACCCAGGAGAAUCUGCCCUGUUCGCUCUGCCUCGUGAGAUUGAAGUUCUCCUGUUACUGGGUGGGAAAUUGUCCUAAGAUAGGCAAAGUGUGAUGAACUGGCAGAACUGCUGUAAGGCUUUAGGAAGUGUGCUUUGUGCCACUGAAGACUGCACAUAGAGAGAGUCCUCCAAACCCGCCCUGUUCGCUGUCAUCCUAGAAAUGAGCCAAAGCGGUCUUCCAACUGGAUGGUAGCAUGGACACGUGUUUGACUUUCCCCAUCCUAUUGAAAAGUCACAAGACGAGCAAUUUCAAGAUUCAAAAUCCUUGAAAUACUUUGAUGAAUACUUACCAGAUUGUAACGUCUCGGGCGAGCUGCUCUGGAAUGGAGACUUGGAAGUCAGCAGGUAGGCUAGGGCCCUGCCUCGCUCUCUUGUGCUGUGGAUGUGACUCGGGGCUUCCAGUGCUUCUCCAGGUGCAGCUGUGACUCAGAGCUCAUUCGCUACUCAAACCAUAGACACGUAGGUGAUGGAUGACCUUCAGUAUUUUUGUAUUGAACAAAGUUAUCAAUUUUUGCCAUUAAACAGAUAAUUAGUUAUGCAAAAUAUUUAGCUUUUGUAACCAUUUAGUUGUAACUGAGAGGGGGAUUGAACUGUACCACUGAUAAUGAACUUGGUGAGAAAUUAUUUGUUUAUCUGACUUCAUUCCUUCAGUAUUCUUGCUAUAAAUUUCUUUUGGAGAUAAUGAUUCUUUAUUUGAAAGAUGUCUAAAAUGUAUGUAUAUUUUAUAAAUAUAUAUUAUAUAUAUUAUAGGGAUAUAUAUAAUAUAUAGACUAUAUAUAUCUAUCUAAACCAUGGGUGCAUUGUACUGUUUGCGUCUUCACUUUCGGAGGUAGUAUGCUCACAAGUUGAUGAGUCUGGCGACUGUUGUGCUGUUUGCUUUUACAGUGUAAUAUAUAGUUCCAAGUGUUUAAAUACUGUAUAUACUAUAUUCAUUAUAGGCUAGCAUGCUUGUUUUAAAGACUGUCAUUCUAGUUUAUUAAAAUCUGAAUGUAAGAAAACCUGGCUAUUCAAAUGUGAAUUGAAAAAAUUCCAUUCUCAGAACUGAACUAUUUCCAUAUAACUGAACAUUCAAGCUUUUUGACAAAAUGUGUCAUCGAGAAGGCAAUAGCUAGAAAGUGAGAGGUGCCUUUAAAAAAUCCUACAAAUGCAGCCUUACAGUGAGGGUGAAGAUUGAAUCUGUGUCAGGGGGUGGGAGGGGGAAGAGAGUGUGUGAGAGAUGGUGUGUGUGUGUGUGUGUGUGUGUGUGUGUGUGUGUGUGUGUAUGCGCGUGUGUGUGCGCAUGCGCGCACGGACGCACCAAUCUGUGAAGAUCCUGAUUUGUGAUUGUCAGUGUCGUUUAAUAUAUCUGUUCAACUUCUAGGACUUGAGGGGUCAUCUCCAUAUAGUUGCCGUACUCCUUCGAGCACUUUCUGUGCUUUCCAAGAGUUUUGAAUGUGAACUCCUAGAAAAUUCACUAAAGAAUAAAUAGCUCCUUUUUUUAAAAAUCAAUCUCAGAUAACAAAUUAUUGGUUCCCUGGAAUUAUGGGCUUCUCGCUGAUACUGUAAUUUUGUAAACCUUGACUUUCUAGUGCUUCGUGUGUUUCCCCUGUUCACAAGAGUAUGGCAUAAAGUUGUUAGAUGAUGAGGAUUGGUCUAGUAAAUCUCGCUCUUAGAUGAAACACUUGAACUAACUCAACUCCACCUAACAGUAGUCGUGAAGACCUGAAACGGCCUCUCAUAUCUACCUCAUGGUCAUUGCUGCCAUCCUAAGUAGAACAGCGGUCUGCAUUACAGAUAAUAGUCGAUGCAGCUUAAUCAUCUGUCGGUGCUUUUCUCGGGCUGUGUCAUCUCAGCUGCACGCCACAGAGCAGCUUGUAACAUUCGGGCUAGUUUAGGUCUGUCGCUUGUUUCCUUUGUUUUGUUUUCCUAAGGACGGCUUUAAAAUACUAUCAGUGUACUUUUUCGGAGGGAGUUGGUUCCCGGUUGUUAUGUCUGUGAAAUAUAUAUAUAUUUUUUUUGGUUCUUUUUUUCGGAGCUGGGGACCGAACCCAGGGCCUUGCGCUUCCUAGGCAAGCGCUCUACCACUGAGCUAAAUCCCCAGCCCCUUGUGAAAUAUUUUUAACCAAGAAUCAGAUCGUUAGUGAAUUUACCUGAAACUCCAGCCAUAGACACUCUUAUGUAAUCCAACCAAUUGAAAGGUGAAGGCAAGAGAAUCACAAGUUCAAGAUCAUCCUCAGCUGUAUAAGGAGCUCAAGGCCAGCCUGGGCUACACAAGGCCAGCCUGGACUACACGAACCCUUGUCUCAAUACAACAAGAAGUGUACCUGGAAAGGGAAGUCUAGUUUUAUUUGGCUUACUUUAUUCUUGAAAGGCAUUUCAACGCUCUUAGGUAUAUAAUUAUUCACCUUACUGACUUAGAAAAUGCCUCUCUAAGCCUGCUACUUCUUUGUUUAUAUUUCAGUACUUAGAAUGUUUGACACUGGGAUUCUGGUUGCACAAAAGUAGUAUCAGAUGAAGUGUGUGUGUGUGUGUGUGUGUGUGUGUGUGUGUGUGUGUGUGUGUGUGUGUGAGAGAGAGAGGGGGGGGUGGUGGGGAGAGUGUGAGAUGGGGGGAGAGAGAGAAUGUGUGUGUGAAAUACAUUAUUUCUUAAAGUCCAUUUCAGUGGAAGGCCAGAGGAUGAGUAUAUCUGUUUAGCAGGUAAACAAUGUGAAUCAGUGUCCACAUCAGGCCUGUAGUUAGGUCUCUGUGUCCAUGGAAGGGACCCCACAUUGACCAAGUGUUUAACAGAACCUUUACAUCAGUUUUAUUGCUAUGAGUUUAAUGUUGAGAGGAUUACGUCAGACCAAAGGAGAGCUUUAGACCCACCCUUUAUUCUAACGAUGUUCCUGAAGCAGUGCUGAAGAUUUUUUUUUUUCUGGAUUUUUCUGGAUCUUGGCUAGUCAAGGUUUAGGUGUCAUUUAACUGGGACCACAUGCUCAUCAUCCCUCUGGUGCAAAUUAGAGAGUUCAUGUUGAUUUAGACUAACUUUAAUGUCUGCCUGGGUGUUUACCAGGCUGUGAACCAGUGAGUGCCUUGUUAGUGUAGCGUGAUUUACCCGUUGUGCGUUAGGUCUUUCUGAGGGUCUCAGACUGAGCUUCGAGCUGGCUGUGGCGAGCUGCGGAGAUUAGGAACGCAGCAUUAGGAGGUCUUCGGUCUGCCAUGUCCACUCCCCUGCUUUCUCUUCAGUGUUUGGCUGGUGUUGGCCCUUGUGAGAAAACAAGUAGAGCCCUCUUCACACUUUUUUUCUUUUUUAUUCCCGAUUGAGGAGUGUCCCCCAUUCCCACCCCGGCUAUAUGAUCAAAUGCCUGUUUUAGGAAGAACCACUUCUUUGUAAUACUAAAACCUACCACUUACCUUAUGUCUUCUCAGUAUCAGUUUACUGGAGCGGAUCUCAGGGUGUCAUCAGUUCAGAUUCCUAAAUAACCCGUUCCCUCCAGCCCAAACCCCAACUGGUGAGCCCUGAGCCAGAUCGUUUGAUAUUCAGGUAUCUUCAACUUUAGUUACAAUAUCAAUUAAUGUAAAUCCAAAUGCGGAUUCGUGUGGUGCAAGCAGUGUCUUUGUAAAUCCAGGGUGUGGAUAAGCUAACUGAUAUCCAGUUUUGGUGGCUCUAAGUGUAUUAUUUGUUUUUAAAUAAAGUGUACAAACAUA